ACCACAUCACAUCACCCACCGUUUAACAUCAAUCACACACUUACUAGAAAGCCAUUCAAUAGAAGAUGGGAUGAAAAAUCGUCUGCACAGGAGUGGCACCAAAUGGGGUAAUACCAUUUGUUAGCAAAGCUUAACCAGGGUCAAUAUCUGACAAGAAGAUUGUUGAACAGAGCAAUGUUUUAAAUCAAAUGGUUCCUGGAGAUAUGAUUCUAGCAGACAAAGGUUUUUUAAUUAAAGCCCUUCUUCCUGCUGGGGUGCCGCUCAAUAUUCCACCCUUUUUAACUACACCCCAGUUCACAGAGUCGCAGGUAUAUGAAACAGCAAAUUGCAAAAGCCAGAAUUCAUGUAGAACGAGCCAUCAGAAGAAUAAAAUGUUAUAUUUUGCAGCAGGUUCCACCUUAUUAUAUAUAUCCCAAAUUUCAGUUGUUUUUCAAUUGUGUGCAGCUUUAACAAACUUUCAAUAUCCGCUAAUUAAAGAAGUUGAAGAAUAUUAUUAAACUGUUAUAGUAGAAC